UUAUUGGUGAUCAGUGUAGCAGACGAAGUUUUCCAACAUUUCCAUAGCAACGGUCGUACAAACACUGAUACGUUCGGUCACAAAACCUAUUCGCAAGAAAAUAGUAAACAGGGAUCAGGGGAAGUAAUGAGGUUCAAAGUAUCACAAGCUGAAAAUCCGUCUCACACAGCCCCCGUGACCUGUGUCGGCUGGAGCAGCACGGAAGAAGUAUACUCAGCCGGAGAUGACGGUAUCCUUCUAUCAUGGUCCGUAUCCAAUAACACAUCAUCCAAAGUCGCCCAAUUCAACAAGGAUUUAUACCCCACCGAUAUGCAGUUCCUUCCAAGGGCAACCGGUACCUUAGGAAAACAUGGAGACAUCAUCUUGAUAACGGCCGCAGAUGGGAAGUUUCAUAUUUUGAACAGGAACGGAAGGAUAGAACGUUCUAUCGAAGCUCACAAGGGUGCUAUCUUAGUCGGACAAUGGAGCAACGACGGUUCAGGCUUGUUGACAGGUGGGGAGGAUGGUAUCAUAAAAAUUUGGUCUAGGAGUGGUAUGUUGAGGUCCACGAUGGUAUCUAGCGAUAAUUCGAUAUAUGCGGCAUGCUGGUCGCCAGACAGCCAGAGCAUAGCCUACACCCAAGGAAAGUGCGUAGUUAUUAAGCAGCUAGCCCCCAAUACGAAACCUUUGAAGUGGAAGGCGCACGAAGGGAUAGUUUUGUGUCUAGCCUGGAGCAGUGCAUCCGAGCUCAUAGUGUCAGGAGGCGAGGACUGUAGAUACCGAGUGUGGGACAGCAGUGGGAGACAAAUGUUCUCGAGUGUUUUACACGACAACCACAUAGUAUCGCUAGCAUGGUCACCAGCCGGUGAUUUAUUCGCUGUAGGAUCAUACAACACCCUCAGACUGUGCGACUAUUCGGGGUGGUCUAGAUCAUUGGAAAAACCGAAUACUGGCUGCAUUUACAACAUGUCAUGGUCUGCUGAUGGUACCCAGUUGGCUGCUGCUUGUGCCAACGGACACGUUCUAUUUGCACAUGUUAUUGAAAGACACGUUCAUUACUCUAAUUUCACAGCGUCUCUUACUGAGAGAAAAACAGUAACCGUACAUGACGUUCAAGAAGAAUCGUUUGAAGUGUUGGAUAUCCCAGAUAGAGUAAUACAAAUGGCCAUGAAAUACUCGUAUUUAGUCCUGACAACACCGACACAAUGCUACAUCUAUAACACUUCAAACUGGAACACUCCAGUCAUUUUUGAUUUAAAGGAAGGUUCAGUGAUUCUUUUACUUCUAGCUGAAAAACACAUGCUUUUGGUGGAAAAACACAACAUCAACCUGUACAACUAUCAAGGAAGACUGAUUGCAACACCCAGAUGGCCUAACAUGAGGCUUGAAACGUUAAAAAACUCACACAUAUCACUGUCUUCAGACACACUAGUAGUCAGAGAUUCUGUAGAUGCUAAAAUAAUAUAUAUCAUCGAUCUACUUAGCAAUCGAAGUGCUGGGGGAGAUAACACGCAAAGAAUUGAACAUGUCAUGAAUAUUUCCCAGAUAUCUUUGGACCAAUGGGGUCCACCUGCCAACAGAAAUAUGGCUGUUUUAGACAGAGCCAAAGAUCUUCACAUAGUAUCGAUAAAAUCCACUACCAAAACAUUCUCGAAGUUGGGCAGGAAAAUCGAAUCGUUUCAAUGGAACUCGGAGGAAAAUUUGAUAGCAGCUAUUCAAGAUACACAGCUGAUCGUAUGGUACUGCCCUCAAGCUUCUUAUGAUACCGCACUCUUGAAAUUAUGUUCAUUUUAUUAUGACUCCCCGGAACUUGGUAGAAGUCCAAGAAUAAACGAUUUUGUGGGUAACUCUGUUUCUGUAAGGAAGGCAGAUGGUUCUCUGAUCAACGUGUUCAUUUCGCCACUUCCAUCCAUUUUACUUAAGUACAUACAGGAGAAUAAGUGGCAAGAAGCAUUGAAUCUGUGUCGAUCAAUGAACAACACUACCCUCUGGGCUUGUUUGGCUGUUCUAUCAACCCAAAGCAGCCAAUCAAACGAAACAAUCAAUAUCGCAGAAGAAGCAUACGCAAACAUUAAUCACUAUGAAAAAGUAUACUACAUCAAAUAUAUGAAAAAUAUACCGAAUACUGUCCAACAAAAAGCUGCUUUGGCUCUUCUUGGGGGGAAACAUCAAGACGCUGAAUCCAUGCUUUUACACAACGGAAUGGUUUUUCAGGCUAUUUGGACAAACAUCCAGUUAUACAAAUGGACGAGAGCUUUAGAACUAGCCAUAAAACAUAAAACACAUCUAGAUACCGUUUUAUAUUUAAGGAAACAAUACCUGGAUACCCUUGGUAAACCAGAAAAUAAUAAUCAGUUUAUGAGUAUUCAAGAGAAUGUCAAAUAUGACGAGGAGAAGGUGAAGGAGAAACUUGGUUUUGAAAUGAAGAAAAUGAAUAGUUCACUUUAAAAUUGGAAUGGUUUAGCUACAACUAGAUUUUUAACAUCCAUAAAAAAAUAUCCAAAAUGCAACACAGAUCGACCAAGUUCUCCGCUCUCACUAUUUGGUGUUUUUGAUUGUAACAUGUUGAAUUGUUCAUUAAUAAAAUAU